AUGGAGUCCGGGGGGUUUGCAGAAGACUAUGACCCAAAUAGCUCUUUGCAUCAUCAGUACUAUGAAAGUUAUUCAGAUCUUGCUGUGCACCGCUUGAUGCUGGAGGAUGCGCAACGCAUGUCGUUUUAUCGCAAAUCCAUAGAGCAAAGUGCAUCCAUUGAAGGAAAAGUGGUGGUAGACGUGGGUUCCGGCACGGGGAUUCUCUCGAUGUGGGCGGCACGCGCUGGAGCGAAGCACGUCUUUUCCAUUGAAGCAUCAUCGCUGAGUGAAUUUCAAAUCGGAGUCGUCGAAGACAAUGAUCUUUCGACGAAGAUAACGGUACUCGGAGACACAGUGGAGAAUAUUAUUGCCGGUGGUGUAGCGAAUUUCGUGAACCGUCACAAGGCUAAAUUGGGGAAAUGUGGCGUAGCAGUGCUUCUAUCCGAAUGGAUGGGGUUUUAUCUGUUCCAUGAAGGUAUGCUUCCCUCCGUCAUCCGUGCGAGGAACUUCUUUCAAGAUGUCAACGCCGCCCUGGGGGUUUUGCAGCCUAUUGAAAUGAUCCCUGAGCGCGCCACUGUUUUCGUCGCCCCUAUUACUUGCAAACCGUAUUAUGUGCAGCGAUACAAAAACUUUUGGCGUGAUGUUGACGGCUUGGAUUUUAGUCGCUAUGGACGGAUAGAAUAUGAAGUAUAUCUCGAACAGGCGUCACCUCUCGUUGAGUGUUUACCACCCUUGUGCCUUCUCCACGAAGGUCUUUCCCUGAUUGAGUUGAAUUUAUCAACAGUUCAGGAGGAGGUACUCACAUCAUUGCAUAAUACCGUCCAUUUCGACUUGAAGGAAUCCGCUGAGUUUCAGCAACACGCCAGGGAAGCGGGUAGUGAAGGACGGGUUUCUGUGGACGGUUUUACCGUAUGGUUUGAUGUAAGUUAUGGUGCCCACACACUUAGCACAUCACCUCGCAGCCCUUCCACUCACUGGAAACAAACCACCAUCCUUCUUCCAAGAGAAGCCCGAAACGAAGAACUCGUGUCCUUCCCCGUAGAGGGUGGCGAGCUCGGUGUGGAGAUGCAUAUUAGUGCAUCAGAUAAAACCCUUCGCUUCUACACCAUUGAGCUCGAGUUAAAAUAA